UCGCAGCAUGUGGUCCUCGUGGGAGGUCUUCUCCUAGCUGCUUCCGAGGCGGAUCCACGCUCGGCGCGUGAACGCGCAUGGAGGCAGGCGUGCACUGAAGUCUUUUCUCUCCCUCCUCUCGGGUUCCCGCUGAGCAUCCACAAUGGAGGCCGGGCCAGAGCAGUUCCUGAGCCGGAUCCUGGAGGACCUGGACGCCCAGCGCGCCAACAUGUCCGACCAGGAGCUGUGCACGUCGCUGUGCACGCGCAUGGACCUGGUGCACCUGGCCAAGCUGCGCGCGCACCUCCACCGCGCGGCCAGCGUGGACCCGGACUUUCCCGCCACGCUCUUCCGGGACAAGAUGCGCGGCCCCGCCGAGGACGCGCAGUCCAAGCGGCGCGCGCUGGCGGCGGACAUCGUCACCAUGCUCCACCUGAUCCGCGCGCGCGGCGGGGGCGUGGCGGCGGCCGCCGCGCACGGAGUCAAGCGGCAGGUGCACGCGGAGGCCAGGCGCGCGCGUCACCACUACGAGCCCCCCGCCGCGCACCUCACUAACUCCCCCCGCCCGGAAGUGCACCGGACCUUCCUUCCAGCCUCCGAGCCCAACUUCCUGUUGGGAGUUGGCGGGGGCCACAGGGGGUGCCGAGCCUCCUCCUUGGACAAACUGCACCACCUGCCCCAGUACUCCCCCUCGCCUCCUUGCCGGCGAGUGCACGCGGGGCCUCCGCCUCCGCCUCCGCCUCCGCCGCCGCCGCCACCGCGCACGUGCAUGCAGAAGAGGAACAUCUUCAAGGAGGACUUCCACAAGAUGGCCUCCUUCGGCCCACAGGUCGCCGCGGCCGAGCGCGAGCAGGACGUCAGGAGGGCGCAGCCGCACUGCCACGUGCCCGCCCCUUUUUUCAACCGCAGCUUCGAGGUGGCGUACAGCAAGCCCUACUGCCCGCCCCCCUUCGGCGCCAACCUGCAGGAGGGCCGGCGGGUCAAGCACGAGAGCCUGGACGACCUCCAGGCGUCUACGUACUUCGGGCCGACCACCGUGUCCGAGUGCGUGAGCGGCAGGAAGGCGGGUCGCCAAGGCGGGAAGCGGGGGGCGUGGCCAGUGAAGAGCCUGAGCCUCAACGUGGAGGAGGGGCCUCACGGGCAAAAGCAGGCCAAUUUCCAUCGCCACGCCAGCGUCGUCGGCGCCAACGAGACUCGCUUCCAGAGCCCCAAGCGACCGGUGGCGUAUUCCGGCGUCCUCGCCAGCGACGCUGCGAAGACCAAGGAAGCCGCCGUGAUGGACAGGAAAGAGUCGGCCAAGAGGAUGUGGGACAAACGCAUCAACGGUCCGUCUUUUUAUGCGGCGGACGGCUCGGCGUGCAUCGGGACGCAAACGGAACACCCGAGAAAGGCGCCGCCGCGCGCCUUCAAGCACGCCGACGAGGAUCCGGAAAUGAUCCGCGACGACAUCAGCGACAUCUUCCGCUUCCUGGACGAGAUGAGCGUGUGCGACUCGCUGGGCGUGGUCCAGUCGUCGUGCUACGACAGCGCCGCCUCGCUGAGGUCGGAGGGCGACAGCUCGCCCGAGCGCAACACGGUCAAGCUGGCCAAGUCGCAGCUGGACCGCCUCCUGCGCUCGCUGGACAACACGGACGACGAGCUCAAGUCCAGCGUGUGCAAGCUGGUGGCGAGGAUCGGCGAGAUCGAGAGGAAGCUGGAGUCGCUGUCGGGCGUGCGCGGCGAGAUCUCGCAGGUCCUCUCCAAACUCAACAAGCUGGACCAGAAGAUCCAGGAGCCGGACGCCGCGCCCGCCUCCUCCCCGCCGGACGCCUCGCCGCGCGUCUUCCGCUGCCACACCCUCAACGUGGACGGCGACGCGAGGCCGGCGUCCCUGCGGAAGAACGCCUUCGCCAGGAUGUCGUCGCACUCGCUGGACGACGACUCCAAUGUGGUGGACGUCUCGCCGCGGGACUGGCGGACGCUGUCGUACUCGUGCCACCCCGACGCCGUCGACAAGGAGCGGGCCUGCCGUGCCAAAGAGGUGGACCAAUACGACUUCCCCGGGAUCAUCCGCCCCCUCAAGGGGACGAGGGAGUCCUACCUGUCGGAGCACCACCUGAGGCCGGCGGUCCCCGCCCACGCCAAAGGAAGUCCUCUGUAUUCGGGGCCGAGGCUCGGCGGGCCGUCCUGGACCGUGGAGGACUACAAACACAACUCAGGAGACGCUUUGGACCCGCAGGCGGAGUCGCUGAACCCGAACAAGCUGGAGUUCUGGAUGGAGGACGUGUACACGCCGGGCUACGACUCGCUGCUCAAGAGGAGGGAGGCGGAGUUCCGCAGGGCCAAGGCGUGCAAGAUCGGCGCUCUCAUCGCCGCCACCUUCAGCGUCAUCCUGGUCAUCGUGGUGCCCAUCUGCACCAUGAAGACGUAGCGUGGCGGGACAGGGAAACAGGAAGUAGCACAGCUGGCAAUUAGUCGUAGCCCGUGAACCCCCCCCGUUCUGAUCCUGGACUUGACCUCGGACCAGGGCAAACUGCACGAAUGUAUUAAUCACCUGGCCAGAGUCUGGAAUGUUCUUUGUCUGAUAGCAGAAUGUGUCUGUCUUCUGAUGGACCUGUCCAGGUUCUGAAUGUCAUAUUUACCUUCUGGAAUGUUCUCUGACUGGACUUCCUGUGACGGAAUGUUCCACAAUAAACUUCCUGUUGUGUCUUGGCGUGGUGUCCCGCGGCUGGCUGGCUGACGUCAGGUGAGUCCCCCGGAGGGUCCUAGAAUGUCACCAAGGUGGUUUUCCUUCCAGAUGCGGUGGUCACGUUAUUAAAUGUCUACCGCGACCUUUCCCAGACCUGCUUUACGGCUCCCCGAUGGACUUCCCCUCCAGCGAGCAGAUAAAUGUCAGCGCCGUCACGUCCCAGUAGGUCCUGAUGAACGCCUCCAAAGUUCAGCGUGACGACACAGAUGCAUGGGGGGCCUUUUUUUUUUUUUUUUUUUUUUUUUUUUUUUAACAAACUUGUUUUUGUUUUGCGGUUCGCCAUCUGGCUCCGCCCACGGGAGACCCCGCGGGCUACUUGGCGUCGCUCCCACAAACAGGUAGUGUUGAGACGGACCAGAACCGCUGACUGGACACGGAAUUUAUAGACGGCGGCGUCCUCCGGAGACUCCACGCCCACGCUCAUCAAUUAUUACUGAGAACCUUCUGUCCUACUUCAGCGGUCUUGGGACCCCCCCCCCCCGUGCUGCGCCUUCAAGCACGUUGACCCAAUUCAACGUGGCGACCACGGAGGUCCGAGGUUAACUGUGACGUCAUAGUCCGGUCCACACAGAACCACAUGACAGAGAGCAGGGUGAGGGAACUCCUCGCCCCAGAUGAUGAUGUCAUGAUCAGCCAAUCAGG